AUGCAAGCCUUGCAAGUCUUAGGGCAAGACAAAAUGACCCAGCAGCAGCUUGGAGAGCAGCUCUGUCGGAUCUCACACAUGGCAUUAUGUAGGCAGAGUUUGGCUUUUAACUGUUUAAAGAUUCUGUUACGUCCUUGGCUUACACAAAGUCACUCACACUUUACACUUUCUAAAAUUUUUGCAGCUAACUUUUCUGAGCAAGUAGUUGAAAGCUUUCCAUCUGAUAUCUCCACUGGUAUAUACUAUGGAUGGGCCUGUGUUGGAAAUGGAGAUGUGCAUAAAAUGGUUUUGAGCAUAGGAUGGAAUCCUUUCUAUAAGAAUAUUAAGAAAUCAGUGGAAACGCACAUUAUCCACACCUUCAAAGAAGACUUUUAUGGAGAAAUUCUUAGUAUAGUCAUAACUGGAUAUAUUCGACCAGAAAAAAACUUUGAUUCCGUAGAGGCGCUCAUUUCAGCAAUUCAGGAAGACAUUGAAGAAGCAAAAAGACAGCUAGAUUUACCAGAACAUCUUAAACUCAAAGAAGAUAACUUCUUUCAUCUGCCAGAAGGCAAAAUAGUGAACAACCACUGAGCAAACCCAUGCUGCUUUUUUUUUUUUCUUUUUUCCCUCCCCUGUCAUGGAGCUUUUCUAUUUGCACUGCUUUUAUAGGUACUUUGUUAUCGUGUGUCUGUUUAGGUAACUGAGGUUGGAACCGACCGCAGAAGAUGAUUUCAGUUUCCUUGUGUUAAUUCAUCAUUAACCCAGUUAUGCAAGAGGAGCAGAAGGCUGGUUUAGGCUCUUAGAGACAAAUUGUGUAUCCUAAAGUUGUUCAGAGAUCUGAGCACAUGUGGAACAUGACCAAAGUUAAUCAUUACCUCUUCUGACCCUAAGGUAUGGGUAGUUCAUUUAAGUGAAGAAUGUCUGUUUUUAACGUACAGAAUGUUAUUCCAACCUCUCUUCCCAGUUUUAUGUUAUUCUUACAUCUGGAUUUUAGCUAGUAACUUGGAAAAUUUUGCUAUUGAUUGAGUCAGAAAUUUCCUGUGGUGCAGGAAGCCAAUGAUUAGAUAACAAUAACAAGACUAAUUCUCUAUAGUUCUUAUUUUCUAUAUAUGCUAUUCAGCUGUCAUGGUUGAAGCUGUCAUUUUAAUUGAAAUUAUUUAUUUUAACUUUCUUUGAAAUGGAGGAAAUCACUGUUACUCAUUGAGUUACUGGAAUCUGAGAUAUACUUUUUCAUAGUUGACUGUACGUAUGACAACACAUGACCUGCAUAGUUUACUUCUGAGGAAGUGUUUCACUGGAAUUCAGGAAAUGAAUGACAGUGUGAAAGUUGAUAAACUUUAAAGGUUCAGGCCCAAAAGAUGCAGAAACAGUAUAUGAAAACUUCUGCUAUUUGGGCCUUAAGGCAAAAGAGGUAAUGAAAGGCAACUUUGCAUUUUAUCUACUGCUGGCAUUUGUUGUAGGAAAAUGGGGAGAACCUUGGGUUAUUCACUACACUGGCAAUAAAAUGGCUGACUUCAAGAUUGAUGUUAGUGUAAGGCACAGGAAAAUCUCAUCAACUCUGCACCGAGUGCAGGUAAGAGCUGCGGUUUUGGCUGACCAAGUAGAUCAAUACACGAAUGAAAGCCUUUGGGGAUUUAAGGAAUAGUAUAUUGACACUGUACUGGGUAUUGGUUAUUUAUUACAAGUAAUUGCAGCUAUUCUUACUCUGAAAUGAAGGGAUAGGUAAAUAGAGGGGGUAUUGUCAAAAUUGAUAGUAAUAUGGAAAAUACUUAAGUAUGUAAUGUGUGAUUCCAAAUCU